AUGACGGCGGCUGGGCGCAUAACGGCGGGAUCUGCAGCGGCGGCACGGCAACAGCAAGCGGCGGCACGGCAACGUCGAGCUAGCGCGCGGGAGAAGGCCGGCUCGGGCGAGCGCGCGCCGUGCGAGGGAAAGGAAUCGCGGUCGCGGGGAGGGUGGAUGGCGCUGGUGUACGAGAUCCAUGGAGACGACGCCCGCCUCCCCAGCGCGGUCUCUCGUGGUUUCUUCAGCCUCGAUGCGCUCGUAGACGUCGUUUCUAACUUAGGCCCUGUUCGGAAGGUAAAUAAGCCGACUGAUUGUGAGAGAAUAGCUUAA